AUCUGGGUUAUUCCAGUCCUUAUGGACGAGCUAUCUUGAUUAAUGGUUUUGCAUGCAUUCUUGAGCUAUUGGCAGAACCAUUUUUUAUUUUGGCCCAAAAAUUGGCUCUUCUCAAAUUGCGGCUGAUCGUUGAAACUGCUGCCACUCUUUCACGUUGUAUAGUAACAUAUGCUCUCAUCCUGAAGCAACCAAGCCCGGAGAAAGCAAUUGUAUUUUCAAUGUCACAGGUUGCGUAUGGAGCAUCUAUUUUCAUAGGCUACUGGGCUUACUUUUUUCUGUGCCAAUUAUACACAACUCGUGUUCUAUUUCCAUUCAGGAUAGGAAAUACAAUAAGCUAUGAUCAACGGCUUGUGAACAUGUGCAUGAUACUUAAUCUUCAAUCCGUUCAGAAGCUGAUUCUUCAGGAAGGUGAAAAGAUGGUCCUUGUAUGGUUUGAUACACCAUAUAACCAAGCAGUAUAUGGACUUGUAGACAAACUAGUGCUCUAGAGAUACAUAUUGCUUUUUCAGGGAGCCUAGUGGUGAGGCUGAUUUUUCUUCCCUUUGAAGAAAGCUCAUAUGCAACGUUUGCAAGGAGAUCAAGAACGGAAAAAGGAGAAAUUGGGAAGGAGUCUGACAGAUGCACUGAAGCUUGUUUUGCUUAUUGGUCUAGUUGUUAUCGCGUUUGGUCCAAGCUAUUCGUACUCCCUCAUCAGAUUGCUGUAUGGUAGAAAAUGGAGCGAUGGAGAAGCUACCAAAGUACUCCAAUGCUAUUGCCUUUAUGUGAUAGUUUUGGCCAUGAAUGGGACGUCUGAAGCAUUUCUACAGGCAGUUGCAACAAAGGAAAAGCUUAAACGGUCAAAUGGUUCAUUGCUUGUUUUCUCAUUGAUAUAUGUGAUCGCGAACGUCUUGCUUAUCAGAUCAGCAGGCGCAAUUGGAUUGAUUUUGGCAAACUCCCUGAAUAUGAUCCUCAGGAUAGUUUACUCGGCGGUUUUCAUCAAAGAGUAUUUCAAGGAAUCAUCAUCCUUUGCGUUUAGAGCUUGCAUGCCUGGAGGUUAUGAAUUUGUGUUGCUAUCAGGAGUAGCCACCUUCAUAGUUGAAAGGAUGUACCUUAACCGAGACAGCUUCUCUGCCACCUUUACCAUUCACUUCUCAUUUGGUUUAUUCUGUUUUCUUGUGUCCGCUUUCGUUAUCUAUCAAAAGGAGAGGCCUUUCAUCACGAAAAUUAUACGCUUCCGCGAACACGCUGAUUGAAUAUGUUAAAGAAUUACAUCUUGGUCAGUUGGGUUUGUGAAAAGUUUUGCUCUGUUUCAAGAUCAAGGAAUCACAUGUACUGAAUAACAUAAUUUUUACAUUAAUUGCUGUAAUCCAUCAAUUUCCACAUGAAAUUAUUGUCUAACGAUACGAGCAUUUCUGGUAUCCUAUGCUUCUACCAGAUGUUCAUCCCACUUUUUAUAAUUGAUUUUCCUUCCAAACAAUUAUGUCACGGAAUUUGUACAACCAUAUGUUCUGUAUUCAAUUCUCUCGGAGUCUUGAACCUAUCUACUAUAUCUAGUAUAAG